CAAAUUUCAAAUUUACGAAAGUAUGUGAUGUAUUAAGAUAUUUUCUUUUGGUUGCAUUAAUUGGAGCGUAAGAACACCGCGAAGACAAUAUGACCGUUGGAGCCAUAAUUCCCUCCGCGCGCUUUCUUUAUAAACCCCAAUCCCUGAAUUCCAACUCCCACUAGGAAAUCCAAACUCUACUUCCCCCCAAAUCCUCCUUACACAGUAGCGAAUAGCGACCGCCUUCAAUCCAAGCAAACCCUAGAAUUUUUUAUUUCAAUCGCGAUUCUUUCGUCUUCGUCUUCUGCGUCGAUCACUGACGCCGCCGACUUCACUCCUCCGCCGCCAACCAGUUCAGUCUCUCUGUUUCUUCUCUGAUUACUCUGAUUCUCUUCUUACCCAUUCCAUCGGUGCCUCUUUUGAUCAUAUUUUUCUGAACCCAGAAAACAAUGGGUUCGAUGAAGAGGAAGAGACCGGACGAACCAGAGAAGAGCUUUUUCCGUUCGAAAUUCGAGUGGGUUCGAGGGCCGAUGCUCGGGAGUGGGGGAUUCGGGUCGGUUUAUCUGGCGACCGUGAAAAAGUCCAAGUUGGGUUGCGAGGGUUUCCCGACGAUGAUGGCGGUGAAAACCUUCUCCAAGUCAAAUGAGCUCGCGACGGAAAGUUCGUAUCUGACCCUGUUUCGGGACUGCCCCUUUAUUAUCGGAAGCUAUGGAACAAAUCUGACCAUUGGGGACGAUGGUCACUUGAAGUGUAAUGUGUUUUUGGAGUAUGCCGAUGGAGGAACAAUUGGGGAUUUGAUCGAGAAAUCGGGCGGUUCAGGGUUGUGCGAAUCGGAUGUGAGCAAGUAUACCAAAGCGAUUCUGAAAGGGCUCGAGUACAUUCAUGAAAGGGGUUAUGUGCAUUGUGAUUUGAAGCCGGAUAACAUAUUGCUUGUGAGAUCUGAUUCUGGUUUUGUGCCGAAAAUUGGGGACUUCGGGUUGGCAAAGAUGGCGAUGCAGAAGCUGUCACGCCAAGGCACAUCAAUGUAUUUUUCUCCCGAAACUGUGACUCACAAAAUUCAGGAGCAGCCUUCCGAUAUUUGGGCAGUAGGUUGCAUUGUACUCGGGAUGUUAACGGGGAGACAGCCAUGGGAAGUGAAGGGCGGCGCUGACCUAAAGCCUCUUAUUGCUUCAAAACUUCCCAAUGUUCCUGGCUGGUUAUCAGAAGAUGCUAAAGACUUUUUGCGAAAAUGCCUACUGAGGGACCCUUUCAAGAGAUCCACAGCUGCUGAGCUAUUGAAGCACUCGUUCGUGACAAAACUGGACAGAGUUGGAGAGGUUGAACCAAUAAAGGAGGUUGCUUCAGUGUCAUCUCCGGAGCAAGGCGAUUAUGGAAGCUUUAUACCCCUCGGAAGCUGGAGUUCUGAAGAGGCAGUAGAUUUUGGACCAAUUCCUCCUGUGGCAGUCUUGAACCCUAGACCGGUUAUUCCAAGCACGGCUUGCCAAAAGGCGUCAAAUUUUGCUGUAAUGGGUGCAGCUUAGCUUUACUUGUUUCCAUACCUGUUGACAAAGUCAGGGAUGUGUACAAUGCAGACAUCUUCCGAAGGAGGUUGAGCUUGAGGAGGAAGUCUGAUUAUGUCCCCAAACAUUUACUACAGUUAAGGCGCCGAUUCUUCCUCUGGCACUCAUGAGUCCAAGACCUGUGAUUCCAACAACGGCGCAUCAAAGGACUCAACUUUUGCAAUAGAGGGUGCAGCUUAAGUCGAAUUGUUUUGUUACCUGUUCUGCUGUUCAUGGAUUGGUGUAAUACUUCAUUAUUCCACAUCUGUAAUUGUAAAUUUUGACAUGUAAUAUCUUCUUGGUGGCUGUAUCGAUUUCACUCUAUAUAUAUGGAAUAAUAGUUCCACUUUGAUUCAUUUAUCUUUGUUUCCUUUAGUAGUUUUUAAGUUGCAGUUCUCAAGCUCAUUCAACA